GUCAUCUGCAUAUGAUACUUUAAUGGUUGCUAUCAACCGCGCCCCCCCUCCCUUCCAUGCGACUCAGACCAUCCAGCUAUGUUUGGCUCUUCCGGUUAAGUAGCUUUACCGGUGAGCUGCCUGCGAGUCCCUCCUGCCGUUUCAGACCAACUCUUCGGAGCGGUCUUCCUCUACUCUUCGCCCGGAAAUUCACCAUGCAGUCUGGUCGCAAUGUGACCAGCAGCAGCGGCAGUAGCAGUAGGGAGGACUGCGCACUUCAGACCGAGCCUGAGCUGUUCUGCAACAACAUUCCCGCUGUGACAGUAGAAGAAGCUGGUCCUCCGGCGGAGAAGACACGAGUGGGAAGCUUGGUUGUCCAUGAGAGAAACCUGAGGACCCCGAGUCCCCUCUGCGGGGCCAACUGUGAUGACGACUCGGAGGCAGAGUCGUUCAGGGAUGGGAGAACCGAGGAGGUCGACCGUGACACCAAGGGCAGGGCGUUUGCCUGGUGUCGAGACUUUCUGUCUGGGCCGUGGAAGACCAUCCAAGAAGAGGAUUUUCAAAUCAGCAUCGUUAGUGGUGGACUAAGUAACCUGCUGUAUCUGUGUAGUUUGCCUGACCAUGUGCCCUGUGAGGGAGAAGAACCACACCAGGUGCUCCUCAGGAUCUAUGGUGCCAUCCUGCAGGGUGUGGACUCCUUGGUGUUGGAGAGUGUGAUGUUUGCAAUCCUGGCAGAACGAACUUUAGGGCCCAAACUUUAUGGCAUCUUUCCAGACGGACGCUUAGAACAAUAUCUUCCAAAUACCCGAAUGCGCACAGAUCAACUUUCGGACCCAGCAGUCUCAGCUGAGAUUGCCACCAAGUUGGCACGUUUUCAUGAUAUGGUUAUGCCCUUUAACAAAGAGCCCAAGUGGCUGUUUGGGACCAUUGAUAAAUACAUGGAUCAAGUGAUGAAGCUCAAGUUUGUUCGGGAAGCACAUGUGAAGAAGUACAACAAGCUAAUGAAGUUCAACCUGCCUGCCGAGUUGGAGAGCCUCCGGGCAUUGCUGGCUGCGACUCCAUCGCCUGUGGUGUUCUGCCACAAUGAUGUCCAAGAAGGUAACAUUUUGAUCCUUGACGAUAGGGAACAAACCCCAACAGACAAACUCAUGCUGAUAGACUUCGAGUACAGCAGUUACAACUACAGGGGUUUUGAUUUUGGGAACCAUUUCUGUGAGUGGAUGUAUAAUUACACUUAUGACCAGUGGCCCUUCUACAAAGCCACACCAGAGGACUAUCCCACCAGAGAGCAGCAGCUUCAUUUCAUCAGAAGUUAUUUGGCAGAACAGAGAACAAACUCGACAAUGGACCAGAAACAGAUUGAAGAGGACAUGAUAAUAGAGGCUAACAGGUAUGCAUUAGCGUCACACUUCCUCUGGGGUUUGUGGUCCAUCAUUCAAGCAAAGAUAUCUAAGAUUGAAUUUGGAUAUAUGGACUAUGCCCAGUGUCGGUUUGAUGCCUACUUCAAGCAAAAAAAGCUCUUCUCCUGAAUUCCACCUCAGUCAGAAUGUACUGUACUGUCCAUUUGAUCUGUCCAUAUCAUUCUUCAAUCUCACCUUUUUGGUAAGGAUUUUUUUUAAGCUGUGUUAUUAAAACUCCAGUCCUAGGAGUGCCUUGGUAGCUGAGUGGUUACUCGCAUGCCACAUAAUGGCAGCGUCCCUGGUUCGAUUCCAGCAAGGGACCUUUGUAGGUCAUUCUCCUCUCUCUCCCAGUUUCCUGUCGCCCUCUAAGCCAUCCACUAACACAUAAAGGCAAAAUGCAAAAAAAUAUAUCUAACAAAAAAACAACUCAGAUAGCCAUGUUAAGUAAAACAUGGCUAUCGAAUCUAAUCUGUAAAGAAUCCUUUUUAUUAAAGCACUUUUUCCUAUAUUGUUAAAUUUAGUUAUAGCAGGUCUAACUCAUUGAAGGUUGUUGUCUUUCAUUUAAGGGGUAAGUUAAUUGGAUGUUCAGCUAUUUUAGUUAAUUUUAUAUCCCCCAUUUCUAGAUGCACUCACUCUUUGGACCACUUUUUAUCACUGGCAUUGUUAGUUCUUCAUUUGGUCUCUCUACAUGUGAUGGGUCAGUCAUGGCCUGUGCUGGUUGCCGGAGAAUUCAUGUCGUUUAAUGUCAAUGUAUUAAUCUUACUGUAAGACUCAUUUUGGUUUACUAAUCCAAUGAUAUAGAGUUCAGUGUGGAAACCUUUUAUAUAGCUCUUUGCUUUAGUGUUUUUCUAGUCAUACUACCUCACUUCUCUCCUCUGAUGUUCAGUCUGUUUGGUGUAUAGAUCGCAUAAGGGUUGAUUGUAGAGGUAUCUUGUCUCAUAUGUUGCAGGUAGUUUUACUGAGGAGCAUGCAAAAAAUACUCCCCGCCAACUAUUGUUAAGUUCAGUAAAGUUAAAUUAUAUGAUUACCUCAUUUCAGUAAAUAAUAACACAAGGGUUAUUUUUAUAUGGUGUCACUGUACUGAACGAAACGUUUAUUGAAUUAUCAGAACCGUUACAAAGUUUAAGGCAUUUAAAGGGGAACCGCAAAUGUGAAAAGAGUUGUAUGAAGCUUUUUGUGGCUUUCUUGUGGAGGGAUCUGUGUGAAAUCUGAAAAUUACUUAAUGGUUACCAGACUUCUGUAGCCCACUACUCAUCUCUGCUUAAGGCUAGUGGCUCGAGGCUAUGUAGACACUACUAGCAUAACACACCCAAAUAUUUGCCUGAAGCGCUGGUGGUCGAGUUGCAUUGUUGGUACUGUAGGUAUCCAGUUUUGACAAAAAAGAGGAAUGCGUGGAAUAAAAAAGACGAUAUAUCUGGUUCUACCGCAUCGAUUAUGAUAAUACCAUCCUUUGUGUCUGAUUAUGUUAUAGAAAGGCAAUCUGAAAUUGGUGGAGUACUUUUUUAAGCCAGCAAUACUGCAUUUGUCACCAUUUAAAUGUGAGUUUUAACCAUACAUUUCUGCUUUACCUGUAACUGCCCAGUUUGUUUUACCUUUUGGUUAUCUAUGUAUGAUUUUAUGUUGAAGUUAUUCUGAGAUGUUUUUCUGUUCACCUUUUUUCCAAGAAUCAUAACUUGAAAUAUGUAAACAUCUGACAUUUAUACGUAUUGUAUUAGGUUAACUGAAAUGUCCAUCUGGCACAUUGCAAAAAUUCCAACAAUUGAAUGUGUUGGAAUAAAGUCACACAACUAUUUUCUUUCCUUCUUAGCAUAAGUUGAACAUAUGUGGUUUUGCUUUUCAUUUCCUAUUGUUGUAGGUCCCUUUUACUUUUCUAUUUAUUUAGACUGCUAUAUUUGAACAAACGCAUUGCCAUUCAUUAAUGUGUCAGUAUCCUUGUUUUACACUUAGCUGCAUCAGUUUACUCAUGAGAAGAUGCUACAAACUUAACUGUGCCUCAUUGACUACCUGUAGAUAUUUUUAAAGCAGCGUUGCUCCAGUUUAGAAUCAUUGUUAAAGCUUAUUGUACCAUUCUCUAUUUUGUUUUGGUCUCUUUUCACUACUAAAAUAUAAUUUAAAGCUAAUAAACUUA